GCACCAAGGAGUCCAUCAUCUGCGUGGGCUCGGCCGGCGUGCCGCGCAUCGUCCCCACUGACAUCGGCUCCUUGAGCUUGGUCAAUGGAACCUUUUCCGAAAUCAGAGAAAGAAUGUUUUCUCAUCUGCCUUCCCUCCAGUUGCUACUGCUGAAUGCUAACUCAUUCACUAUAAUACGGGAUGAUGCCUUUGGUGGUCUUUUUCAUCUAGAGUACUUUUCUUUGGCCAACAAUCAGAUUAAAGCUCUGCCAAGGGACGUCUUUGGCGAUUUAGAUUCUCUGAUUGAACUAGAUUUAAGGGGAAAUAAAUUUGAGUGUGACUGCAAAGCCAAGUGGCUGUUUUUAUGGUUAAAGAUGACAAAUUCCACUGUUUCUGAUGUCCUGUGUAUUGGUCCAGCAGAAUUUCAGGACAAGAAGUUAAAUGAUGUCUCCAGUUUUGAUGACGAAUGCACCACUACAGAUUUUGUAGUUCAUCAGAUUUUACCCUACCAGUCAGUUUCUGUGGACAGCUUCCAUUCAAAGAACGAUGUGUACGUAGCCAUUGCACAGCCCAGCAUGGAAAAUUGCAUGGUGCUAGAAUGGGAUCACAUUGAGAAGAACUUCAGGAGCUACGAUAAUAUUACUGGUCAAUCCAUAGUGGGAUGCAAAGCAAUCUUGAUUGACGAUCAGGUCUUCGUGGUGGUGGCUCAACUUUUUGGCGGCUCACAUAUAUAUAAGUAUGAUGACAGCUGGACCAAGUUUGUCAAAUUCCAAGACAUCGAGGUAUCCCGCAUUUCAAAGCCAAACGAUAUCGAACUCUUUCAGAUCGAGAGUGAAACGUUCUUUGUCAUUGCCGACAGCUCAAAAGCCGGUUUGACCACCAUUUAUAAGUGGAAUAACAAGGGGUUCUACUCUUACCAGUCCCUGCACGAAUGGUUCCGGGACACAGACGCUGAGUUUGUUGAUAUCGACGGAAAAUCUCACCUGAUUCUGUCGAGCCGCUCGCAGAUCCCCAUCAUCCUGCAGUGGAACAAAAAUUCCAAAAAGUUCCUCCCGCACAGCGAGAUCCCUAACAUGGAGGACGUGCUGUCCGUGAAAAGCUUUCGAAUACAAGACAACCUCUACCUUUCGCUCACGAGGUUUAUAGGUGAUUCACGAGUCAUGAAGUGGAACGGCAAGCAGUUUGUAGAGAUCCAGGCACUUCCUUCUCGGGGUGCCAUGACCCUCCAGCCCUUCUCCUUUAAGAAUAAUCACUACCUGGCCUUGGGCAGCGACUACACCUUCUCCCAAAUAUUCCAGUGGGAUAACGAAAACAAGCUCUUUAAAAUAUUUAAGGAAAUCUACGUGCAGGCCCCUCGCUCAUUCACAGCUGUGUCCACAGACAGAAGAGAUUUUUUCUUUGCUUCCAGUUUUAAAGGCCACACACAAAUAUUUGAACACAUAAUAGUUGACUUGAGUUUAUGAA